ACUUUCCAAUUUUUACGCCAGAAUCAUAAAAUCAGUGACCCAAAAAACCUAUGAUUUUGAAAAUUUGUUCAAUAAAAAAAUGUGCCCCUCAAAGGGUUAACUCGGGGCACUCUGGGCAAAACUGUGGGCCUGUGGGACAACCCCCCCCUCCCCCCAGUAAGAAUCGGUACAGAAAAUUGAACUGUGCAUAGGGUAUGCUUCUAUACCUACUUCUCCCUUAUGUUGCUUAUGUGCGUUUGAGUUCUUUGCCCUUCAUUGCCAAUCUGUUGUCUUAUUGUUCAACAGUGGCAGUACUGAUUUUUUUAUUCCCUUAUUGUCCGAAACGAUAAUGAAAUUCAGAUGUAAAAUGGUUGAUACUGCGGCUAUGCGAGAUUUCAUGAAUAUAGUGAAUAUUGUUUCACGUAUGUCAAAGAUGUGCGUGAUAAGAUUGACACCAGAAGAGCUUUGCUUCAAUGUUUCCGAUGAUGGAUCGCCAGUUGUUUGGGCAGAAUUAUCAAAAAAACACUUUUUCACUGAAUAUGUCGUUGUUGGAGUCUCCGAUAUGCAGAAUGAAAUAUACUUGGAAUUUGAUGCUGCAAUGCUGGGUCGAAGUCUCAAUUCAUUGAAACAAACAGCACGGUCGACAAAGAUUAAACUAACAAAUAAGCAACAACCAUGUUUGACGAUUGAAGUAGAGCUACCGUCAGUGGCUAAUGAAUCUUGGCAGUGCAUCCACGAUGUACCUGUCAGAGUAAUACCUCGUAAAGAAUGGCCGGUUUAUAAAGCACCUCAUCUACCGGUUUUUGAUAUAUCGAUCGAAAUGCCGUCGUUGAAACACGUCCGCAACAUAGUUGAAAGAAUGAAAAACAUGAGUCCUUAUUUGAGCGUUUGUGCGGAUGCUGCAGGAACUCUCAGAUUGAAAAUAACUACAGAUUCCGCGAGCGUCGCGACGCACUUUCAAGGAUUAAAUUUUUCAAUGGAAGCACAAAAUGGCGGUGACGAAACUAUCGAAGCGAGCGUUGACGUUCGGAAAUUCUUGACCUUUUUAGCUUGGGAUGUACUUCAUCCUGAUAUGGUCAAGUGUCGCAUUCUUAACGAAAGAAUGAUUUACCUCUACUUUAAUCUCGAUGAAAAUGUUGAUAUUCACCAUUUCAUACCUGCUGUAGCAACAUAAUGUAUUUGUUUUAUUCGAAUGUAUUAAUCAAUUAUCUUUUUAUAAACCCAUAAAUAUACUUUUGUGAUAAAA